AUGGCUUGGCCCCAAAAGCCUCCAGAUAUAAGGGGCAACGAGACCACGGUAGGUCUCGCCACGCCCACCGGCAUGAUACAUGGUGAUGUCCACGGCGGCAAUUUCAUGUUCGGGUCAGUACUGAAUCAUCAAGAGCACGAAAUUUCACCUGUGCUACAUUUGAUAGACUUUGGACAAUCUGAGCUAUGGGGUGCUACCGUCGAGCAUAGUACCGGUGCUACCGCUGAGCAAUACAACGUCUUGGACAUGGGAAUUAUGAUGGCUACAGUCAUUACUAUGAACACCGAUUCAAAGUACGGGGCUGCCGACAUAGAAGUUGAUCUCAGUAAGCUGGGCCGUCCCAUAGAUACUUUAUGUCCCGCAGCGGGCAUACUCCCAGAUCCAGAGGCGAGACCUAUCAUUGACCCUUGCCCCCAUGUCGACCCAGACCUACGGCUGGUUGUCGCUGCGUGUAUGGCGGACGAACCGCAGAACCGCCCAACGUUGGCCGAGCUCGAGAACUGGGUUUUCAGCGAAGUUUGCAACACUUAUCCAGCGCAUUACUUCAGGAACCCCGGAGGUGCAGAUUAUGAGAAUGAUAGCACAAUCCAGAAGAUGGUGCAGAUGUGUAUCUUCAAUGCUGAAAGCGGUGGAGACUUCUUUCCUCGGGCAGUUUUGUAG